AAGGAUUUGACCACACACAAACUCCCCCUCUAUCGCCAAGUAUUUUAAGUAGCUUUAGCGUUGUUGAACGACGUGAAGUCCCAAGGUUAUAAAACAGUAGCGACUCCAGAAGCCGGCAAAGAAAGCCACGUGAUUUAAACUUGAAAAAAGUGAGAUCGAACGUUGUAGCAGAGAGAACCAUCUGAGGAUCUGGAGCGUAACUCAUACGUCUUCCAUUCAUAAGAGGAUCUUCCUGACAAAAAACAAAGCCAUGCCACCUCCCACAUCUACAAAUUUGGGAUAUACACCUCCAGAUGGCGGAUGGGGGUGGGUUGUGGUAUUUGGGGCCUUUGUUUCUAUUGGAUUCUCCUAUGCCUUCCCAAAGGCCUUGACAAUUUAUUUCAAGGAAAUCCAGGAAUAUUUCUCCACUUCAUACAGUGAAAUAGCCUGGGUGUCUUCCAUCAUGCUUGCAUCUAUGUAUGCUGGAGGUCCUGUCAGCAGUAUCCUGGUGAACCGCUAUGGCAGCAGGCCUGUUGUCAUCACUGGUGGAGUUAUGUGUGCAAUUGCUAUGGUAACUGCAUGUUUUGGCAGUACCAUUAUGCAUUUGUAUAUGUGCGUUGGAGUCAUUGGAGGUCUUGGCCUCGCCUUCAAUCUUCAACCAUCUCUGACAAUAAUUGGAAAAUACUUUUUGAAAAGAAGACCAAUUGCUAAUGGCCUUGCUAUGGCAGGAAGUCCAGUUUUUCUCUCUACCCUGGCCCCCCUCAAUCAAUUCCUGUUUGAUAAUUUUGGCUGGCGCGGAAGUUUCUUCAUACUGGGAGCGUUGCUGUUGAACUGCUGCGUCGCUGGAGCUCUAUUUCGGCCUAUCGGAGUCCCACCUACAAAGCCUGAGCAAAAACAAAUUCAGAUGCCUGGUGGAACUAAGAGUGAAAAAUGCGAUAAUGACUGUUCAGCUGAAAUGAUCAACCCACAUGCCGUCAGCUUAAUAAUUGGAAAGAAUCAGCAAGACAAGAACAGAUGCCUGGACAAGGUCAAUAAAUUCAUAGAUCUGUCACUAUUUAAGCACAGAGGCUUUAUAAUCUACCUCGUAGGAAACGUCAUCAUGUUUUUUGGCUUCUUUGCCCCCAUUGUGUUUUUAGCACCCUAUGCCAAGCAUCUGGGUAUUGAUGAAUACUCUGCCGCUUUCCUGCUGUCUAUCCUGGCCAUUGUGGACAUGAUUGCCAGGCCUGGGACAGGCUUGAUAGCAAACACUAAAUGGAUAAGACCCAAUAUUCAGUAUUUCUUCAGCUUUUCAGUAGCAUACAAUGGCGUCUGUCACCUCAUGUGCCCAUUGGCCACAGGGUACUCUGGACUAGUUGUGUAUGCGGUGUUCUUUGGCUUGGCAUUUGGUAUGGUCUGUGCCUUGCUUUUCGAAACACUGAUGGACCUGGUUGGAGCACAGCGCUUUUCAAGUGCAGUCGGACUUGUGACCAUUAUCGAAUGCUGUCCGGUCCUGCUAGGGCCACCGAUUGGAGGUGCACUGGUGGAUAUUUUUGGGGACUACAAAUACAUGUACUAUGUGUGUGGAGCCGUAAUGCUGUUUUCUGGGAUUUUCCUCUUCAUUAUGAACUUCUACAACUACAGGAUCCUGGCGAAAGAAGAGAAACAGAGACUUGAGAAAGAGAUGAAGCUGAAAGAAAUUGGGGAUUUAACAGCUGCUGAGGAAGGAAACACCCUGGAGAAAGACGAAGAGGAGAAGCGGUCUCUGACAGAGGAGGAAUUCAACAAGAAAGCAAAACUAGAACCAAGCCAAGCCUAGAAACUGCAGACAGGCACCUGCUGAGGUGCUUACAGCACCAAGUCUAAGUUGGUGCCUUCGAACUGCAUGGAUGUAUAACAUGAUCAGACUACAUAAUAGUAGAUAUCUGUUGCUACUAAAAAUAUAUUUGCUAAUCAUGAAAAGAGCCUUAAUUUUCUGUGCCAAGUAUUUCAUUUAAGUAAAAUAAGUUGAUUGUCCUUUAUCUGGUAACCACAAUCAGGGUGGAGCGGUGGCUCUGUGGCUAAGGAUCUGCGCCUGUGACUGGAAUGUUGCUGGUUCAAAUCUUGCAGCCAGCGGAGGAAUUCUACACCGUUGGGCCCCUGAGCAAGGCCCUUAACCCCAACUGCUCCAGGGGCGCUGUACAAUGGCUGACCCUGCGCUCUGACC